AUGUCAAAAGAUCACCACCAUCCCCAUCUCUUGCCCAACAUCAUCAAGGACUCAUCGGCUGGUGGACCUGGGAUUGUAGCGGGAGAAUUAGCAGCUGAAGAUGACGGCUUAAUCAGCGACUCGCUCUUGGCUUCGCAUUCGUAUGUUAUAGAAACUGUAGAGGCUGUACCAGAGGCAGAUUCUAACGACGGAUAUGCUCUUCCCAAGGCACAAUUGCUAACCGUAGUCUCGUCGCUUUUCAUGGCAGCGUUUUUGGCUGCGCUAGAUGGAACCGUAGUGACGACGUUAUUGACGCUUAUCGCUUCGGACUUGAACGCUAUCGGCAACAUCUCGUGGAUCGCUACGGCUUACUUAUUGUCGUGUUCAGCCUUCCAACCGUUGUUCGGAAAGCUUUCAGACAUCUUCGGCCGAAAGUCGUUGUUGCUCUUAUGCACAGCCUUUUUCGCCGUGGGGUGCAUGAUUUGCGUCACCGAC